AUGGAGGUUCUCCAUGUGCAUCCCGGACCUGCAUCUCGAGAACUACUGUUGCUACAGGGCAACCAUAGGUCUUCUCACAUCUGGGAUGGGCAGUGUCUAUCCGAGACAUUUUAUCCCAGACGUAUAGACGAUAUGUGGGAGUUCAUUAGGGACCACCCACUCCAUCCCCAUAUAGUUAGACGUCUUCAGGAUAUGUGUUUUUACAUGAUCAUAGAGAUCGGAUGGUUGCAGUUCGACUGGACGUUGAUCACGGCUAUGAUAGAGCGGUGGCGACCGGAGACACACACAUUUCAUCUAUCCAUCGACGAGGCUACCAUCACGCUUGAGGACGUGGAGGUUCUUUUUGGGCUGCCGGUUGAUGGAUUACCUGUAGCUUACCCGCAUGCUCUUAGAGACUAUAAGGGAGUGGAUUACCUGCAUAUGUUACAGCGGCUCACCGGUUUCCAACCAGCGGAGCCGACUGCAUUGAUUGGGGCCAGUCGAUUGCAUCUGACGCUCGUCCGACAACAUCUGGCGGCGAUGGAUGCGGAGAUUACCGAUGAUUCACCGCCGGAGGAUAUCGACUGGCACACGAGAUUGUUGUUGUUGCUGAUGUUUGGUGGUGUACUGUUCCCGAACACUUCGGGAAACCUAGCAGAUGUGUCGGGCGUGCAUGGGCACCCAGAGAGAUAUUGCCGUAUUUUUACCGUUGCUGCAGGUUUGGGCCUGGGAGCGAUUCCUGCAGUUCCAGCCACCUCUACCAUCAAUCACUCCGAUUACAUGGAUUUGUUAGAGGUGGGUUGA